AGAAUUUGAAUUAUCUAUGGUCUUCGAUGCCGACACUUCCGAUUGUCUACACCCCUCUUACUUUUUGUUAUUUAUUUGUCAAACAGCUGAUUGUUUCAUUGUAACGCGAUGAAUUUCUCGAAUUCGCUUGAAUAAAAAUCGAAGUAGUUAUUGAAGAUGGACGUGGUAGGACUGUUGAACAAUAUAAACGAUAAUUCGAACAUGUUUGCUGUGAAAACAUGGACGUCCGAGUGGUCAAACAAUUUUCAAGACAACCAAUUGCUGUGGUCGAUUUGCGGUUGUCUUCUCGUAUCCUUGGUGGUUGUAUUUUUCUACUAUUAUAGAAGAUGGCGGUCGAAAGAAUUAGCCGGCGUGACCGGUGGUGCAGGAGCUACAGGGGACCCAGUGAAAAGGUUCCGCAAACGAGACAAGAUGCUCUUCUAUGGACGCAGGAUGUUGCGGAAGGUCAAGUCGAUCUCCAACUCUGGCCAGGGUAGAAAGCGCAGGGCCGUCAUGAGGUUCGCCAGAAAACUGCUGCAGCUCAAGAAGGAGUCCGCUCCGGAACAAUUGAAGGUACUAGAGCCUCCAGCAGAAUACCUAGAGGAAGACCUAACGAGCGACGACCGCGUCCCGCCAGACGCGCUCUACAUGCUGCACAGCAUCAGAGUGUUCGGCCACUUCGAGAAGCCAGUGUUCCUCAUGCUGUGCAAGCACACUGAGAUCCUCAACCUGCCAGCUGGAGCUUUCCUUUUUAAAGUUGGCGAUACAGAUGAGAACGUAUACGUGGUACAGAACGGGCGCGUGAACGUGUACAUAACUAACCAGGACGGCAGCAGCUUGUCCCUGAAGGUGGUCCGCGCUGGGGAGAGCGUCACCUCGCUACUUAGUUUUACUGAUGUGCUAACUGGUCAUUCACAACCAUAUAAAACCGUGAACGCGAAGGCUUUAGAAGACUCCCAAGUCAUUAAGCUGCCUAUGAGGGCCUUCCAAGAGGUGUUCAAGGAGUACCCAGAUAUAUUCGUCAGAGUUAUACAGAUUAUCAUGGUACGCCUACAAAGAGUGACGUUCACAGCUUUGCAUCAGUAUCUAGGAUUGAGUGCUGAGUUAGUUAACCCGGGCCGUGACAAGCGUCGUCCGAAUACAGUAUCAUCUUCUCCCGCUAAAGCUAAGAUGCCGGUAGUCGACAGCGGCGGCAACAUGCACUCACCUCACCACAGCGAGAGAGCCAUGUCCGAACAUUUGGAGGGCCGCGCGUCGUCGUCCCCGCUGCACGGCGCGGCGCGGCGCCACAAGCCCGACAUGGUGCCCGACAUAGCCACCAACACGCCGCAGCAGCAGCCGGAUGUCCAGCCGACGCCGUCGCUGCAGAGGGCGCGCGAGGGAUCCUCCUUCAAGAAGCACAACACUGAUAAUCUUGAUGAACAGGCGUUAAUCCAGAUAGCGACCGAAGCGUUCGUUAAGGAACUGGGCCUGGAUUGCGACACUGUUCUCAAAGGGAACGUGCAAGUGAGGGACCUGCCCGCCGGGACCUACAUCAUGAAGGAGGAGAGCCAUAAGGACGUGGCGCUAGUGUACCUGCUGUCGGGGGCGCUGCUGGUGUCGCAGCGCGUGGCCGAGGGAGAGGGAGAGGUGCAUAUGUUUACUGCUUACCCAGGUGAAGUGGAAGGUGGUCUAGCGGUACUGACGGGCGAGCCCAGCUUCUUCUCAAUCCGCGCGAAGCAUUUCUCCCGCAUCGGUCUCUUGUCCAAGACUACUGUGUACAGCAUCAUGAGGGAGAGGCCAUCUGUGGUGCUGCAUAUAGCUAACACUGUUGUGAGGAGACUGUCGCCUUUCGUCAGACAAGUGGAUUUCGCUUUGGACUGGGUAUUCCUCGAAUCAGGCCGCGCCGUCUACCGUCAAGACGAGGAAUCAGGUUCCACAUUCAUAGUACUGAGUGGUCGACUCCGUUCAGUCAUCACUCACCCCAACGGCAAGAAGGAAUUAGUCGGCGAGUACGGGAAAGGGGACCUGGUCGGUAUCGUGGAGAUGGUCACACAGACUAGAAGAAGUACCACCGUCAUGGCUGUGAGGGAUUCCGAACUGGCCAAGUUGCCUGAAGGACUCUUCAAUGCGAUCAAACUGAGGUUCCCUGUCGUUGUGACCAGGCUUAUUAAUUUGCUGGGACACAGGAUUUUAGGUUCAUGGCAAAAGCCCACAGCCGGUCUAGGCGGCGCGGCGGCCAUCGAGCCCCGCCCGCAACACAACUUCUCGACAGUGGCCGUAGUUCCCGUCAGUGAUGACGUACCGCUUACUGCCUUCACAUACGAGCUGUACCACUCGUUGAGUGCUAUCGGGCCAACGGUGCGUCUGACAUCUGACGUGAUCAGAAAACUACUCGGUCUCACCAUCAUGGACCCCAACAACGAGUACCGGCUAAGUUCCUGGCUCGCUCAGCAAGAAGACAAACACAAGGUGGCUUUAUACCAGUGCGACCCGAGCCUUACGCAGUGGACGCAGCGAUGUAUACGACAGGCUGAUUGUAUUCUGAUCGUCGCUUUGGGAGAUAAACAGCCUAGUAUUGGAAAGAUCGAGAAGGAAAUCGAGCGCCUGGCCAUCCGUACUCAGAAGGAGUUGGUCCUGCUUCACCGCGAGGGCGGCGCCAACCCGUCCGGGACCGUGCACUGGCUCAACAUGCGCAGCUGGGUCAGCCAGCAUCACCACGUGCGCUGUCCGCACAGGAUGUUCACCAGGAAGUCGCAGUACAGGAUCAGCGAGCUGUACAGCAAGGUGCUGAUGUCGGAGGCGUCGGUGCACUCGGACUUCUCGCGCCUGGCGCGCUGGCUGACGGGCACGGCCGUGGGGCUGGUGCUGGGCGGCGGCGGCGCGCGCGGGGCCGCGCACGUCGGCAUGGUGCGGGCUAUACAGGAGGCAGGUAUUCCCAUCGACAUGGUGGGCGGCGUCAGUAUCGGCGCGUUCAUGGGCGCGCUCUGGUGCAUGGACAGGAAUAUCACCACAGUCACGCAGAAGGCCAGGGAGUGGUCGCAGAAAAUGACCCAAUGGGGCAAACAGCUCCUCGACCUGACGUACCCAGCCACGUCCAUGUUCUCCGGGCGCCAGUUCAACGCGACCAUCCGCUCCACCUUCGGGGACGUCCACAUCGAGGACCUGUGGCUCCCGUACUUCACGGUCACCACUGACAUCAGUUCCAGCUGCAUGAGAGUACAUAGACAUGGUUCCCUCUGGCGUUACAUUCGCGCGUCGAUGUCGCUCAGCGGCUACAUGCCUCCGCUCUGCGACCCCGUAGACGGCCACCUCCUAUUGGACGGCGGUUACGUCAACAACCUCCCAGCGGAUGUGAUGAGGUCACUGGGUGCUAAGCACAUCCUGGCUAUUGACGUGGGGUCCCAAGAUGAUACGGAUCUCACUAACUACGGCGAUGACCUGUCCGGCUGGUGGCUGUUGUGGAAGAGAUGGAAUCCGUUCACGACACCCGUGAAGGUUCCCAAUUUACCGGAUAUUCAAAGUAGACUGGCUUAUGUUUCCUGCAAUCGACAAUUGGAGGAAGUAAAGAAGUCCGACUACUGCGAGUACAUCCGGCCCCCCAUCGACGCGUACAAGACGCUGCAGUUCGGUUCGUUCGACGAGAUCCGCGAGGUCGGCUACCGACACGGCGCCGCCUACUUCGAGGGGCAGCGGCGCGGCGGCGGCGGCGGCGUCAGCGGGGCCGCCGCAGAGGGCAGGCGGCCCGACGCGCCGCCCUCGCUCACUGACUAUACAUUCACGGACUUAGCUCAGAUGGUAUGCUCGGUCCGGACCGCCCGUGACGUCGACAACGAGUCCUCUUCAUCAUCAGACUACGAGGAAGACCAGAGGCACUUUGAGGGGUACGCUUCGGAGCCCAGCGCUGGGAUACUCGAGAUGUCUUCAAGCGUUGAGGACGGAGUGCCGGCGUGGAUCAGUGACACGGAAUUGGUGGGGAAACAUAAACAGCACCGCACCCUAGUUGUUCACAAUAUGGAGGGAUUAAGAACACGUCGUGUGGGUGGUUCGCUCUCACUCUCUGAAGACGAAGUGGACUCUGAGGCGGAGGUUUACGACCCUCUGAAUAAACGCGGCGGAGCCAGGUGAGACCCCACACUGCACGACCUGUGCAAAGCGUUGUACCAGUACGUCACGCCCAACGUACUGGGCCAAGUGUCGACCCCAGAGGAAUCCCACGAUAUAAAACCGCUGUAGACGGUGAUACGACAGUUGGUUCAUGUCUAUUGCUAGACAUAGGCCUACAAUGUGAGUUAAGUGUGCGUUCCUAACUGUCAGGUGAUAUAGUGGCAUAUUAGAGACACUAGUGUUGUGCUCGUUGAUUCAAACGUCUUUUGUAACGUGAUGUCAUCAGAACAUUGUUUAUAAAGAUGGAUUGUUAGUUUAAACGCUGCAAUUUUAUACUUCAGUGGUGUAAAGUAUUUCGAGAAAAAGUGAGUAGUUACUGUUUAACAGUUGGUACUAUUGUGUGCGUUGAAUAUGUGACUUGCUUUGAAUCCAGUGUUUGACUGUAGCUAGGUAAACAGUGUGGAUUCCAAUCAAUACUAUUGAUUGUUCGGAGUGAUGUAUGUAGGAGUGAAUUACUGCAUGAUGCAGUUACAGUGAGAUUUUACUUAAAUAUUGAACGGAACGGUUAUUGAAAUUAUACUUGUAAAUAUUGGAAAUGUUCCGCAGUAUAAUAUAGGAUUCGCAAUUGUAGGCCAAAUAAAAUUUAAUUUUGUAAAGAUAACGAUACAAUUCAUUCAUUUUUCACCAUUAAUACACAAAUCCUAAGAUAUUAUGACUUUGCUUAAAUACAGCAAUAAAAAAAAGUCAUACUAGUCCAAUCAAAAUUUGUAUUAAUAGCGAAAUACAGAAGCAUCAAUUUUUAUAAUUCGCUGAUGUUUCAUGCUGUCUUAGUCACUUUAAAGCAGCCAUACUUAAUCUACAGCAUUUGUCUUGGGCCCAUCUGUACUAACGAAUUUAUUGUAAACCAUUUUAAAUUUCGUGCUACAAUUCCCAUAAAAAUGAUUUUCUAGUGACCCUUAUGAGCGAAUGUUUGAGUAUGGCUUCUUUAAACCUUAGUAUAGACACAGAUAAACCUUAAAGAACGUGAUAAAGUUGUGUUCUUGUAUUCACCAUGACUGCUUCUCCUUGCAAUGCAAUUAGUUGUAGUUGUAGAUAGCACAUGCACAAUAAUAUAAAAGACAUACCUUAUUAUGAGGUAACUGUUUCAGUAUUCCAA